AUGAGACAGCUCAAGUAUCACGAGCAGAAGUUGCUCAAAAAGCAUGACUUUCUCGAUUGGAAGCAAGAUGCUGGUAUGCGCGAGAUCAAAGUGAUGCGACGAUACCACAUUCAAGACCGCGACGACUAUCACAAGUACAAUAAGCUUGUUGGCAAGCUUCGCCACCUCGCGCUGCGACUCUCUACGCUACCUGUGGCGGACCCUUUCCGGGGUAAGCACGAACAGGGCAUGCUUGCCAAGCUGUACGACAUGGGAUUGCUGGAUACGGGUGCCAAGAUGUCUGACAUCACCAACAAGCUCAACGUGUCUGCUUUUUGCAGGAGGCGAUUACCGGUGGUCAUGGUGCGAUUAAAGAUGGCCGAGACGGUGGGCCAGGCGGUCAAGUAUGUCGAGCAGGGUCAUGUAAGAGUGGGCCCGGAUACGAUGAGUGAUCCGGCGUUCAUGGUGACUAGGAACAUGGAGGACUUUGUUACCUGGGUGGAUACGAGCAAGAUCAAGAGGACCAUUGCGAGAUAUAACGAUGAGCUGGACGAUUUCGACUUGCUCUAG